GGCGGAGUCGCAGUCAGCUGGACUGUAAACACAGCUUAGCCGUUAGCUCAUCCAGCUAACCCGGGUUUUAGUCAUAGACUGUAUAAAGUGCAGCAUUGAAAAGUGAGCAAGACGUGUGCGACUGUAGAAGUAGAAUGGCUUCCCCUCUCCCCCUCUCCUCCCUGCGUCUCCUCAUCCCUCCUGUCCGCCUGCUGACGGCAGCGAUGUGGCAGGUAGCUCGACAGCAAAACGUGAAGCAUUAUGGGAUGCUGGAGGGCUUUGUUUCCCUGGUAACCGAGGCGGUCCCUCAGCUUCUGACAGACAGGCAGAGGAGUCUGCUGCUUCUGGCUCUGAGGGCCAAGGUGACCAUCUCGGACCCAGACCCCCAGGGCGUCCACGCUCACCUGGAGAGGAUCCGCUCCGUCUCCCAGGCAACGCAGCUCGAUGAAGAGGUAGACAACUGGUGCUCAGCUCUGUUGACUCUGGCAGACCAACUGACGCAGAGCCCUGCAGACAGACAGCGCCUCCUGCAGGAGGUGUUUAACCAGAGCUUUGACUCUGCCCUCCAGUCUCUCAUAUCUGACUUCUUGUCCAGGAUCGACCAGCUGUUCCCCGUACCCGACUUCAAACAGGCUGCUUCCUGGCUCGAUGCUGCCCCUGGUGGUCUCGAGGACUGUCUGCACGAGGCCGGCGGGGAGGAUCUAAGGGAGCUGCUGACCAAUCAGAACUGUUUACUGGGGCGAGCAACCACCACAGUGAGUUGUGACACUGAGGAGAUCCUCACCUCUGCCUGGUCCCACCCUCUCGUCACCAAACUGACCAAUCCGGAGCUUCCUCCUGCCGACACGGAGGUCCAGUCGGAUGCUCUCCCUGAUGUGGUUAGCCCCGUGCAGCUGGAUGUGGAGCUUGUAAAGGUGGAGGUGGUGGUGAUGACAGAGGACGAACAGGAGGAGGUGGAGGAGACUGUGAUUGGUCAGACGGUUUCGCCAGUCGAGCAGGAGGCGUCCAGUGAGAGUUCAGCGGUGGGCGGAGACGAAUGCUCCGUCACACCUGUGGUCCUGGAGGUGGACGGGUUGAAGGACUCUCCUGGAAACUUUGCAGACCAAUCAGAAGACACAGUUGACCAAUCAGAUCAGUCCUGCUCUGAGGUCACAGCUAAUGCCCUCUACAGCAUUUCCCAUAAUUCUCAGCGGGUGGCUCACAAGUGUCCUCAGUGUGGCAAAUGUUUCAUCUAUCGUUCUCAGGUGAUCCGUCACCUGCGUACCAAUAAGUCCUGCGGGUCGGCCUUAACAGCAUCAGGAGUUGUGAACCUGCAGAGUCAACCAGGCGAUCGUGACGAAGAGCCUCAUCCCCCGGAGCCCCGCCUCCCUGAGCCCCGCCCCGUCAGGACCCAUUCCUGCUUCCAGUGCAACGCCACCUUCAAAACCAAAGCUGAGCUCCUGUCGCACCAGCGGAGCCACCGGGCCCGCCCGGUUUACCAGUGUGGACAGUGUGACAAGGAGUUCCACCACCUGUCCAGCCUGACCAAUCACAGGCAGACCCACCUGGACAGAGGAGGAUUCACCUGCAGCAGGUGCGAUAAGGUGUUUGACUCGGCCAAGGAGAGAGACGCCCACAGACUGCAGCACCGGCUGCCCGACCUCACCUGUACGGUCUGUGACCAGACGUUCAGCUCUCAGACUCAGCUGCUUCGACACCUGCAGACUCACUCUGUGGAGGGAGCCGAGCCCUGCUACAACUGCCGCUUCUGUGACCAAACCUUCUCAGGAGUGACCCAGCUUCGUAUCCAUCAGCGCACACACACUUUCCGCUCGUACCAGUGUGACCAGUGCAACAAGACAUAUGGCUCUCUGACCGGCCUCCAUUCACACCGGGCCAGCCACACCACAGAGAGCCGCUUCCUGUGUCCUCAGUGCGGCAAACGCUUCAAGACCCGGGACGGGCUGGAGGGUCACCUGAGGACGCACACCGGGGAGCGUCCCUACCGCUGCCCCUACUGCCCCAAAGACUUCACCGCCCUCGCCGGCCUCAACGUGCAUGUGCGGCGGCACACCGGGGAGCGCCCGUACGUGUGUACAGUGUGCGGUAAGGGCUGGCCGUCUGGAGGCGACCUGCAGAAACACAUGAGGACUCACACGGGUGAACGGCCGUACGUCUGCCAGGACUGUGGAAAGGCCUUCUCCAUCUCCUGUCACCUGACUGAACACCGCAGGAUUCACACGGGGGAGAAGCCGUUCUCGUGUCCUGAAUGUGGCAAAUGUUUAAGGAGGAAGUUUGACCUGAAGAAACACAUGUUGUCUCACAGCAACGUUCGUCCCUACGCCUGCGUCUUCUGUCCCAAGAGCUACACCCGGAAAACCCACCUGAACAGACACCUGCUGACACACAGGACUCCUGACAGUGAAGUGGGCGACGAGGUCUGAGCUUUUAUUCUCACGCUAGAGUCUGUUUUAAUCUGCAUUAACCAGCUGUUUGACGAGAACAGCUGUGUUUGUACUUUACAUUCCUGCUGAUUGUUUGUCGAACCAUCAUCAGUUUGUAGGUUGAUGAAUUGUUGUGUCGUGGAGCUGUGAGGAGGGAAUUUGUUUACAGUUUAUUUAUUCAUUUGUUGGCGACACUGCACUAAUCUGCUGAAAACCUGCAAAUGACAAAAAGCAUUAAAAGUACUGAGAGUUGUUUCUCAAAGAGAGGUCUCCCCCUGUUCCUCUUUCUUCCUCUGUCUCUGUAACACUGUCGAACAGUCCCACCUCAGUGUCUUCACCUCAGUGUCUUCACCUCCGGCUCAGCUCCCACCUGUGGCCGGGUUGUGUCACCUGUGUGUCUCCCACAGUUUGGGCUUCACACACAGUUUUAAAGCUGCACUGAAACAAACCCUGCAGCUGUUUGCUCUCUGACAGUGUAUCAUACGGCGUGCAACGUGCUCACGCUACUUUCUACGCUGCCAACCUGCGCCAGGUGACCGGUCCGUCAGAGACUGAUGUCCCCCAGCUACAAGUCACUACUGCUUUAGUUCCACCUCUCUCACAGUAACUCCUGUCAUCAUCACGGACACAACACUGAACGAACUGAAGGCCUGAAUUUUAAUCAUCUCAUAUCUAUAUACGCACAUAAACCACCAGCUGCUCUGCCACACCUGAAGAAGACUCUGCCAGUGACCCUGAAUAUGGUUGUUCUGAGUGUAAGAUCUCAUUUAGACACUCUCAUCUUUGGUUUUUCAGAGCAGAGCAGAGAGGGCAGCAGAGAAAUCUGAUAUUUUUAACAGCAAGCUCAAGACCUACCUCUUUACUCUGGCUUUUAAUUGAAGUUUAUUUACUUUUUUAUUGUAUGUUUGUUUCUGGUUUUACUUACUUCAGACACACUUUCAUUUUUCCUAUCAUUUUUCACACUUCACUUGUGUAAAGCACUUUCUUCUACAAUGUAUUUGUAUGAAAAGUGCUAUACAAAUAAAGUCUGAUUGAUUGAUUGA